AUGCCCUCCAUUGUUACUAUCAAGGAAGAAAACGUUGAGUCCGACUCCGUCCCAAUAAAGACUCUAGAUGAGAAACUUGAAGUGAAACUUGAAGAAUCCUCUCCAGACUUAAAUCUCAGUAUUUAUGAGGAGACCGAUGAAUGCGACUUGCAGCAAUCAGAUCAGCAUGUUUGGCUUGUUAAACUCCCAGCGUUUAUUCGAGAAAACUGGAAUCCCAUCCUCUCGAAUUCUGAAGAGGAAGUUGUCCUUGGUCGAGUCAUGAUCAAUAAAAAGAAUGCCAGUAUGAUGAAGAUCUUUCUUUCUGACGAACAAGAUGUCAAUACCGGAAUUCCGCGAGUGUACAACCUGAAACCCACCAACUCGGAACUUACAAACACCUUCGUGUUCACGGAAAAGGUCACCUCAAAGAGAAAGGCAGAAGAAGAUGACGAGCUUCCUGAAAUCCCUUCCAGGCUCCUCAGGAAAGUGCACGCCAAGGGGUCACAAGGAGAAGGAGUAAACCCCACAUUUACCCGCCGAAUUAUAAAGAACAGCCCGACUGCCCUCAUGGGGACUGCAAUUGCUGAGCUAGUUAUGCAGCCUGUUAAAAAUCCCGAGAAUGUAGAAUUUGAGCGGCAACGAAUUUUGAAUGCGAGGAACCUAGAAAAAAAGACGAAAUAUUUCAACAAACACAUCGAUAACAACGCUUUCAUCUCCAAAAAGACUGGGUCCACGGCUAUCAAGCCUUUCUUAAAGAUCACACAAUCUAAUAGCCUUCGUGUGAAGAAGCUCGACAAGGCAUAUCGUGGCUCAAAGGAAACCAUCCAAACCAAACUUUUCGAUCUUUUCGAGGAUUAUGAGUAUUACUCAAUUAAGCUUCUCGUUGAGAAACUUGACCAGCCAGAAGCAUAUCUUAGAGAGAUAUUGGAAGAUAUUGCAGAAUACACUGUUCGCGGUGACUAUGCUGGAAAGUGGUGCUUGAAGAGCGAGUAUAAACGGAAGUUGGAGAAUAGUUAG